UCAAAGAGUUAAAUAUCGUUGCUCGAGAGCGACGCGGUGUUUAAAGUAUUUUUGAUCGACAAACGUAUCGUCGUAGCCUUUGUUGUGAAGUUUCUGCGUUACAAAAGAAGGCCCAAUUACUUUCGAAGAAUACAUUUUUCCCACUCUGUACGAAAGCUUUUUUCUUCAUGAUUGUGCCAUGUCAUAUUUCUAUGGAGCACCUGUCACAAAUUUUGAUAACUGCCACGAAAAACGUUCUGGACGAAAGCAUAAUAAACACAGAUCUUUGGCACCUGAUGGCACAGAUCUAGAACCAGUUCACAGAUCCAGACACCGCCACAAACACGUAUCUAGAUCCAGACACGCUCCAAAGCUUAAACUCUCACCUAAUGACACACAGGAUAUGAAUCCUGAAAAUGAAAAUGCCUCAACAUCAAAAAGUAGGAGUAAGCGCCAUCUCCAAAAAGAUAUACAGCGCCUACUCGAAGAAAAUGAAAAAUUGGCAUCUAGAUUGGAAUCAUCUGCUGGAGAUUCCGGUAUACAACAAAGUACGGCUAAGGAUCUGAGAGAUAAGGAAGCACUGAUAAUCAAAUUACAGAACAAAAAUGAAAAGAUGCAGAUUGCUUGCAAAGAUAUUAACACAGAGAAUAUAAAGCUCAAAGAACUUUUAAAUCAGCGAGAAACUGAUUACAGAAAACUGCAUAUACAUCACGAGGAGUUGACACAGUUUGCUCAAGGGAUAGAAGAGGAGAAAAAUCAUCUCUUGAUUGUCACUCAAAAGUUGAAAGCAGACAAAUUACAACUCACAGAAGACUUGGGCUUGCUGAAAAAUUUAAUCUAUAAGCUUAAUGUGGAAAUUGAGAGGUAUCAAGACAAGUUAAGGCAAGAGGAUCGUAACGGCUUGCAACAAAUUGACACUGGCACUGCUUGUGAAGUUGAUACAACGAAUGAUACUAACAAAAUGUUAGAAUCAUGGGGUCGAGUCAAUAUUCAUGCUCUGGGCCCGUUGCUCGAUGCUUACCAGGAGAAUCUGUCGGAAAAAGAUGAUCUUAUAAAAAAAUAUGGCAAAGAAAUCGAAGAGUUUAGUGGAAGAUGUAAAGACAUAGUUGCCGAAAAUGAAAUGUUGCACAAAGAAAUAAAAGACCUAGUGUCAAAGCUGAAGAGUAAAACAGAAGAAAUCGAAGAACUCACUCGAGACGCAACAGUGGUAAAGGAACAAAAUGAUCUUCUGAUUAAGCAGGUCUCAUUGCUUAAGCAGAAGCUAGUGGAGAUACACGCUGUAUACGAAAAAAAGGUUGAGUCUAUGUCGCGCGAUAAUGAAAAAAUACACAAUGAUUUUCUGGCCUGCAAAUCAGAGCUCAGUAAUAUUCAAGGGAAAUACGAAAUUCUUAACGAAGGUUACGAGAAAUUGAAGCACAAUAACGAACGAACGAUGCCAGUUUCUGUGCACAUGGCAGCAAUUGAUGAGUGUAAGCAUUUAUUUGAGGAAUUGAAGAGUCAGUAUGAGUUGGAAAAACAAAAGCUUCUCAACAAAAUAAAAUAUCUGGAGGAAACUCAACCUGAAAAUGAGAGACAGCUGAUAAUGGUCACUGCAGAAAGGGAUCAGCUUAAAACCACAGUCAAGUGUUUGGAAAAAAAUUUAAAACGGACUCAACAUAAGUUAGAACAUCUGCAGAAUUCUAUAUAUUCUAUCCAAGUGUCCCGGGACUCGCUAAAGCGGCAAUUAAACAAGACAGCUGGAUACUGUGAGGAGUUAGCAGCUGAACAGGAAAGAUUGGUCAAAGAGAACCGUGAGCUAUCAGUUGUGCUGCAAGAAAGAGAAAAAGAAAACGAGAAUUAUCAGUAUCUUGGUGACAGUAUCGUCAAUCGAAUGGGAAAUUUAAAAAAUCAAAUAAAGAGUGUACAGGCGGGAGCAAAGGAACAACUGAAGACUGUAGAGAAGCAUAUAAAAAGUCAGGAAAUCGGUGCGGAUCAAAUGAAAACGGAAUAUCAGCGCGAAUUGGAACGCCUUAAGCAAUUACUAAGGCAAAAAGAAGAUCUGAUCGGUAAACUUCAAAGAGAAAAAUACGCGACGCAAGAUAAUUUGGAGCUCGUCUGGCGUGCUGCUACCAGCGGAGAUAAAAAAGUGAAAGAUGUGUUAAAGAAUACGAAAAUAUAUAAUAUUUGAAACACAGGGUAAAAUUUCGCGGUAGGCGAAAUACCAGAAUGUGUAUUAAUCCCAUGAAAGGUACAUAGAAGUGAAUUCUACUAAGUUUAGCAGCUUUCAAAGCUAUGCAAGUCGCUCGCCCUUAGUCUCGGACUGAUAUAAUCGCCAGUUCAGUUAGCUGCAAUGCAAAAUGAAUGAAAUGCACGAACACAGGCUAGUGAGUAGCUUGAAUUACAAAGUACAGGUUUUCUCAAACGUCAAACGUCAGAGAUACCGAAACAUUGCGGAAAAAAUUGAGGAUCAUAUCAAAUGUUAUUUCAAGUUGGGACA